UGUAUGUAAUAAGCAGCAUUUUAAACAAUUUUCAAAUGAUUGCUAUAAAAACUCUGCAAAACAUAAAUUGAACAGAAAAUAUUGUACCUGCAACAGAGAUAUGGUUUCCAAGAUGGUGAAUGGACAUAAUCUUUUUCUUUUGGCUUUGAUGCUGAAUUUUCAGUUACAUUUUGUGACUUCGUGUGAAGAUGACAAUUGUUCAAAUGCUUUUGACGUUCCCUUAAUUUCUAUAUUGAAUGCACCUCUUAAAGCAGAGCUGGACAUUUCAAUUCUUACUGCACAACUGAAAGAGCUGAUAAGACACGAAGUACAAGCCUCAGUCUCAAAAGCAAAUAAAGGCCUUGUGGAAAAUAUUGUGGAUACAAGUGUAAAAACUGCUGUGGACAAUUUAAAGACUUAUACCAAUAUUACAAUAACAGCCUACAAAGAAGAACUGAAAGAGACAACAGCUAAGACUGCAUUCUUCACCUUUCUUAAGAGAAGCAGGACAUUUAGCGGUAGCGAUAUUCUGAAAUUUGAUGAUGUGCAGAUAAAUCAAGGAAAUAGUUACAACCCAAACACUGGAAAGUUUACUGCACCAAGAUCAGGACUAUACCAUAUAUCAUGUAGUCUGAUGGGAAGUUUUUCUACUGCUAGUAUCAUUUUUCAGAUUAAAAAGAAUGGUGAAUUAUUUCUAAACGUAUAUGCUCAUGACUCAGGUUGGACAACUCAAUCAGUUUCACUAUUAAUGGAACUUAUGAGAGGUGACAAGAUUUAUGUCAAGCACAUAACUAGUAGAAAAGAACUUGUAAACGGAAACAGACAGUCUUAUUUUUCUGGUUUUCUUUUGCAAUAAAAGCAAAACAGAUGACUGAAAAAAAUGUCCCAGAAUUUCUGGAGUGUUAUUCAUUACUGUAAAAAAGACCAUGGAAUUUUAAAGAUUUCUUUACCUUCAAAAUGAGAGAGUUUAAAGAGUAACUUAUAAUAAACAAAUGUAUAAAAAUAA